UACCAAGCUACAUCACCGAUCAUCGAUGUAACAGGCCGCCGUGUAAGCAGGGGCACUGGGCACUGGGCUGGAAGUGUGAACUGAAUGCCAGCAGCUCUUCAGGCAGUCUUGGAAUUACAUGGUCGAGACAGGACAACAGAAUGCCUGUGACUACAACAUCUUUGCGGCGCAGUUCUCGGGUCCUUCAACCUCAGAAUAGAAAGGCCCCAUCUUCCCAUGAGGAGUUACCACCAAGGAAGAGAGUGAAGAGGGAGGGAGAGGAGGUGCUGAAGAAGGAAGUGAAAGAGGAGGUGGUGAAAAAAGAAGUAAAAGAAGAAACAACAAAUGGAGAGAAUACUUCUCCAACCACCACCAGGAACAGCAUUGUGUUAUCAGAGUAUGAGCAGAUGGUGCAGCGCAACAUUGCAGAAAGACAGAGGAUGUUGGAGUCUUUGGGAAUUCUGAAGGCAAAGGAAGAAUUGUUCUCCUCUGUACAAGAGUCAAAGAAGAAGCCAGUGUAUAGAGGAAUCAUUAGGGAGAAGAAAAGCCCUGAGCCAGUGGAGCGUCGGCGCAGUUUACGGCAGCAGAAUCUCACUCCUGAUGGCUUGCACCUGUCUUUACCCAGUGAUGAGAAGGUAGCACAGGCUGAGAGGAGGAGUACCAUUACCUCACGUGAGGAGGACCACCCCAGGCCACCCCCAGGACCUGCCCCUCUAAUGGAUUACUACAAAGCCCCAAAUAAAGAGAACUGUGAUGGCUUGCUGAGCGACAUAGCCAGCUCUGUUUCUACCUCCUGCAAAGCCCCCACCAUGUCUUCAGCUGAUGUAUGGGGUGGAACAAUGGAAAGUGUGAUGAAGAAAAUGAAGAAAAUGCGUGUAGAGGAAGAGUGGGUGGUGAAGGUGGUGCCAGACCGCAUCUUCUCUGUGCAGUUUCAUCCAACUGUAGAGAAGACUCUAGUGCUAGUUGGUGGAAAGUGGGGCCAAUUAGGAAUUUGGGACGUAGGUCGGGAAGAUGAGAGCAGUGGAGCUUAUUGCUUCUACCCACAUUCCCGCCCUAUCAACUGCCUGUCCGUGGCUGCAUCAUCACCCCACCAUGUACACACCACCAGCUAUGAUGGAUCACUCAGGCAAACAGAUCUGGAAGCAGGGACAGUGCAGGAGCUGUACGCCCUCACUGAUGACCAGCGCAACAGUUUCCUCUGCUGGCAUUCUCAACAGGACACUCACAACUUUCUGGUUGGUGCAAGUUUAGGACGAGUCUUGCAGGUGGAUACAAGGGUAAAUGGAGGCCUUGUGAAGCAAUAUCUGGUGCAUGAGAGGAAGACUGUCAAGGUAAUCAGUGGACACCCACAUCAUGCCCACUACUAUGCUACAGGCUCAAAUGAUGGUUAUGUCUCUCUGUGGGAUGUGCGGAACCACAAGAAUAACAAGCCCCUCGAUUCUGUCAUACAUGGACGGGCUAUAUCCGGCAUUGAAUUCUCUCAAACAGGUAAUGCUAUUGUCUCCACCUCAAUGGAUGAUUACGUGCGCAUCAUUACGUGUGAUGGAACUGCCCUGACAGUGAAAAAGAAGAUCAAACAUGACAACCAGACAGGCCGCUGGUUGACUACCUUUAAAGCUCGUUUUGUGCCCACACGAGAUGACUUGGUGUUCGUUGGAUCCAUGAUGCAGCCACGCAGGGUGGAGGUCUGGGGCUGUGAUGGUCUUCUCCACCACCAAUUCCAUGGCCCACCAGUUACCUCAGUGAGCAGUGUGGUUGCUCUUCACCCAUUCCGCCUGGCCCUUGCUGGCUGCAAUUCUUCAGGAAAAGUCCAUGUAUUCAUGUGAGCUAUCCACAGACAUACCUGAAGAUCAUGUGUACCUGCAUUUACAUACAUAGUUUUAAUAUACAAGAAAUAUUCACAUAUUUCAAUAUUGGUGUUUCUAGCUUGACUAUACAUUCUCUACUUUCAUAUCUAAGUUGCCCCAUAUUUAUAGAUUUAUAUGUUACAAGCCAUAUUUUUUGUUAUCCCUCCUGCAAAUUGUUUAUCAACACUUCUGUGGUCUCUUGGAUCUCCCAAGUAGAUAAACUUCUGUCCAAUUGAUAUAAUCCCUCCAAAACCUAAUACUUGCUUUCCUCUAGGUAAAACCCAAUACUACCUUGCUUUCCUUUAGGCUUGGAGUUUUCAGUCUUAAAACCUUUCCUUAUACUGUAAAUCUCUAUGACAUGGAAUUAUUUGGUUGCUGUUCUUCCUUUACAUUCUAUGUUCCUCACACAUACAGUUUCUUACAUUUAGUACAACUCAAGCAGGUCAGCAGGUAUUAUUGUACUGUACCUGCACUUUCAGCCACUCAUAAGUCUCAUUGUAUCUUUAUUUUACAACUACAUUGUAUCUUUAUUUUGUUGCAGCUCUACUUUAUUGUGCCUGAUAGAUAUCUCAUAUUUUUAAUUGUUUAUUAUAAUCAUGAAUUUUAAGUGCAGUUUGUCUGCGUAUUUGUAUUUGCCUAGUUGUUAUAUACAAGACCUGAGCUUUAUUCAUCUCAUCCCAUCUUGGUAUUAAAUACCUCCAGUUUUCUGUAGUUUAUAUUAAUUCUUUAUUUCUUUCACCUCUUUUUGUACAUACAUAUAUUAUAAAUAACAAUAUUUCUCUGGGGAAGGUUGUAAAAUCAUCCUUUCCUCAAGUUUUGUAGUGCCUUCUCAAGCAUACAGCCUUUUUUUUUUUUUUAUACAUAUUUCCAUUGCUAGUAAUUUUUCUUCGUGAGUUAGAUUUUCUAACUGCAGUACUAUAUUAAUUUGUUGCUAUUCUUUAUUUUCUCUUUUUUUCUGUUCUUUUUGGGGGAACUACACACCUUAAGCAUAUAUAUUAUAAGUGUGUGUGUGUGUGCGCGCGCGUGCGCGCAUAUUUUUCCUUUGCUUGCAAUAGCGAUCAAACUCACUCCACUUCUACAUUGUGCACCUGUAUCAUUUCUUCGAAACUGUGUGUGUGUGUGUGUGUGUGUGUGUGUGUGUGUGUGUGUGUGUGUGUGUGUGUGUGUGUGUGUGUGUGUGUGUGUGUGUGUAUUUACCUAGUUGUAUUGCACAGGGUUUGAGCGGGGCUCAUAGUGUCCUGUCUCCAUGUCUCCAUUUAUCCAAUUUUUCAUUAAAGUUAUGCACAUUAUGCACUAUAACAACAACAUUAUUCAUUGCAUUCCAUUUUUCCACCAUUCUGUGUGGAAAACUGUAUUUUCCAAUAUCCUUCACACACUGCCUCAGCCUGAUCUUCCUUACAUGACCUCAUUGUGUGUGUGUGUGUGUGUUAAAAUAUAUACCUCACUUGAAAGAAAAAUCUGUAUUUCUAUGUAUAUGCUCCAUGUCAGAACAUUAGUGUUGGUCACACUAGUACUGGAAGGCAAAAUGGCAAAUUGGAUUUUUGUGUCUAUUAUUUUAAGGAUUGUGUCAGGGAAGAUAUACUUUUUUUUUUUUUCAAGGAUUAUGUCAAGGAAGAUGCACAUUCCAAUAUAUUGUGUUAGUAUUGUCCACAGGUGAUAGAUUUUCUUGUACUAAUUUGAGUACAGAUGUACAUAUGGUACACUGUGUCUUUUAUACAUGAUGCCCAUUCCUGCUCACUUCUCCAGAGGGGGAUAUGGUGGCAAUAAGAAUGUGAAGUGUUUUAAAAUCUCCAUGGGCUGCUUGCUUGCUACAAGAUUUUUGUUUUGAGAAUUUGUUGAUCAUUGAAUUUUAGUUAGCAAAACAUGUCUUUUAAUUAAAGCUGACAUUAAUUAUAUGUCUUAAGGAAUACAUGUUAUUUUUAAUGAUCUGUGAAAAUGUAAAUCAAAUAUGAUUAUAAAUUUUAUAAACAAAUUAGUAAAUAAAGAUUUUAAAAUGUAAA